AGGUCGGUAAUUUAUGGCCGAAAAUAGACAGGUUGCCGACAUCCGGGAUCUAGCGGGGAAGCUCACAUAUCAAGAGCUAUGUAUCAAGGAUAAAACCCCUCAUCUCCACACUUCACCAUCACGAACUCGAUACCAUCCACAAUGACCUCCGCUUUCGACCUUACCGGUAAGACUACCCUCGUUACCGGUGGAACCCGUGGCAUCGGCAAAGCCAUGGCGAUGGCACUCGCCGAAGCCGGGGCAGACAUCAUCUUGGUCCAGCGUGACGGACUCAAUACCUCAACCUGCGAAGCCAUCCAAGCGCUGGGCCGGCAAUGCGCCAUCGUAACCGCUGACCUUUCCGACGCCGCUUCGGUCUCCUCGAUCGUUCCGGAUCUCCUCUCGAGACUCUCCUCACUACCCAACGGCGGGAUCCACAUUCUGCUCAAUGCGGCGGGCAUCCAGCGUCGCCGCGCAGCACAUGAGUUCCUGCAGGAAGACUGGGACGAAGUGCUGCAAACGAAUCUCUCCAGCGUGUUCACACUAUGCCGCACCGUCGGCAAUUACUGGCUCGCGCACAAGAUCCACGGCAGACUCAUCAACGUCGCGAGCCUGCUCAGCUUCCAGGGCGGGUUCUCGGUCGCGGCCUAUACCGCGUCGAAACAUGGUGUUGCGGGAAUCACGAAGGCGCUGAGUAAUGAGUGGGCUGGGAGCGGCAUCGGCGUUAAUGCUAUCGCUCCUGGGUAUAUCGCAACGGAUAUGAAUGCCGAGUUGCAGAAAGACGAGGUCAGGAAUCGCCAGAUUCUGGAAAGGAUACCCGCACAGAGGUGGGGGAAACCCGAAGACUUUAAGGGCCCAGUAGUGUUUUUGGCGAGUGAGAGGGCGAGUGGAUAUGUCACCGGUGAGACGCUGGUGGUGGAUGGUGGGUGGAUGGCGCGGUGAGGCGAGUAACUGCAGCAAUAGAAGAACAAUGCAGUUCACAUAAUAUUUUUCGGGUUGUGGUGCUCGGAAAUUCACACAUAUCUGAACAACCAGUUACUAAGUGAGCAAUGGAG